CGGAGGACCGAGCUGCAGAGGGGCCCGGGUGAGCCCAAAAAACAGGAGGAAUCUGCCCCAGGGGCUUCUGGGUGGAAGCAGCAACAUCUCCUCUGUUGUAAUAAACCUUACGGUCUUGGGUGCAGCUGAAGGGAAUUCAUCAUCCCAGGGUGAUUUCACUGAUUGGAGAAGGCUGUAAGCUGAGUCCAUUCAAGAGUUCAGAGGCUGGAAAUCCCCACCUCGUGAUGGAGCUUUCUGCUCUCUGACUGAUGGAGGCGCAGCUCUGCAGCUCCACAAUAACUGGAGCUCUGAAUUCUAAUAAAAUCCACUUUUUACUGCUUCUAAAAAUAGUCCUCCGAGCUGAGGCGCUGCUCCAUUCAAAACUACGAGCUCGGUGCUUCUUGUUGUUGUUGCAGCAGCGUUUCCUUCGGGGUGGCUGUGCAGCAGCGUCCGCUCGGUCGGUGCAAUUCAGAGUCUUUCGCCGAGCUGCAGCUGGAUUCGGAUCCGAAUUCGGAACAAAAGCAGGAGCCAAGCGCGGCAGUUAAAGGGUUUUUUCGCCCCAAAAAAAAAUCAUUCAUAUUAUCAUUCCGUCCCGAAGAGCACUAGGCUCGCACCGGCGGAUGGAUAUAUAAAUACAUGUAUUUUGUCAAAUUGGGCAGGUUCCGGUGAUUUAAUGGUAAACAAAAAAUAAAAACAGAGAAAAAGUGAGCGGUGAAGCUGCAGCAGGGCGCUGGAGGGGGGCGGGGGGGGUCUGUCGAAGAAAUCAAGUCAAUAGAAACUGAAGGGGAAGCAGGCGUUUAGAGCUCCGUGGUGACGUCACUGCUCCACAUUGAGCCAUAGUAGAGAGUCGGCGGAGGUAGACAGAGGAGCGCCGUAGUAAAGUACACACCGACAUGAACUCCUCCACCUGAAACUUCACCCUUGUUGCUGUGAAAAACCCCGAGGAGCCGCGUUUGAGCGCGCGCCCCCCCUCCCGACCGACGGACCGUGCGCUUUGUUGGCUUUUUUACCGGGAGUUUGCAGGAAGAACGCGGCGUUUGGGGCUUGUUUCUCGCAGGGCUUGGCGAUGUCGUCCGCAGCGGUCGCUGCGUCUUCCCGCCGGCAGUCGUGUUACUUGUGCGACCUUCCGCGCAUGCCGUGGGCCAUGCUGUGGGAUUUUUCCGAGCCCGUUUGCCGCGGAUGUGUCAACUACGAAGGAGCGGACCGCAUCGAGAUCGUCAUCGACUCGGCCCGCCACCUCAAGCGGGUCCACGGCUUCCAGGAGGGCCGCUCUCCGGGGCCGGGCAAGAAGGAGAUCCAGGCGAUCAACCACCCCGCGGCGGGAGACCCCGGCUCCCGGCCGCCGCAGCCGCUGGACCGAUACCCGCUUUCCUCCGACCGGCCGCCCCGGCUCGGUCCCGAGUACCAGUCCGGGCGGCAGGUGAACGGGAUCCCGGUCCCCAAUGGAUUUACUAAACCCGACGAGCCGCCGGAGCUGAACCGGCAGAGCCCCAACCCGCGCAGGAACAGCGCCGUGCCCCCCAACCUAGUGCCUUUGGUGAACGGGAGCAUGCCCCCGGUGCACGCCGUGAACGGCAGGGGCCAGAUGGGGCUUCCCGCCGAGCUGGGCAAGAGACCCGCGUCGGUGUCCAGCACCGAGCACGAGCGCGAGGGCAAGGAGAAGCACAGACCGGACAGCUUGACCCCGGAGAUCCUGGAGGGCCACAAAAGCAGGGCCGAGCAGGACUGGGGGGCCAAGAACAAAACCAUGCGGGACUUUAUGGGGGGGCUCCACGCCUACGACCCCCGGUUCAAGAAGGACCAUGCGGUCAUGCAACAAAGGGUGACGGGCUAUGAGAGCAGCGCCUCCGCGACCAAGUCAGACAGAGGAAAACACCCCCGCAUGAAGAGAAAAGCCUCCCCGGAGCCGGAGGGAGAGGGCACCGCCGCCAAGCUGAACGGGGAGGGACAGCAGUGGCUGCCUCCCCCUGCCGAAGGACUCAAGAUGCCCCCAGUGCCCCCGCCGAGCUUCGUCUCCCCCCCCUCCACGAUAUCCCCCCACUCUCGCACCACCCCACCCGAGGCGGCCCAGAACGGCCAGUCCCCCAUGGCGGCACUCAUCAUGGCCGCGGACAACGCAGGCGGGAACAGCUCCCCCAAGGACGGCAACCAGGUGCACUCCACCACCCGCAGGAACAGCAGCAGCCCCAUGUCGCCGUCCUCCAUGACCCAGAGGCGGCUGGCGCAGAGGGAGGCGUCGGGGGCGGGCACCCCCCACGUGCCGGGCAUGGACCAGGUGCACCCCCAGAACAUUCCGGACUCCUCGGUGCCGGGCAGCAUCCCUCUGUGCUGCACGCUGUGCCACGAGCGCCUGGAGGACACGCACUUUGUCCAGUGCCCGUCCGUGCCAUCGCACAAGUUCUGCUUCCCGUGCUCCCGGGAGAGCAUAAAGCAGCAGGGCGCCACGGGGGAGGUGUACUGUCCCAGCGGGGAGAAGUGCCCCCUGGUCGGCUCAAACGUACCGUGGGCUUUCAUGCAGGGGGAGAUCGCCACCAUCCUGGCGGGGGACGUCAAAGUAAAAAAGGAGAGGGACCCUUGAUCCCGUCCGUCUUUGGGGCGGGGAGGCAAAAAAAACACCUUUAAAUAUAUAAAUAUCAUCUGCAUAACAUUCAAACAGACUAACGGACAUGUACAUAUUGGAACCAAGGGAAGAGUAUACUUCGUAAACAUGGUUGUAUAAUUUUUGAUUUUGGAAAACAUUGUGUUUCUAUAUUUUUGAAGAUAAAGGUAUGUACUCAUCAUAAUGAACUACGUUCCUCUUUGUUGAUGUUUAUUGAAAUUCUCGAUGUACUUCUAGGUCUGGUGGCCGUUCCUGUUUAACGUAGAAUGUGACUAAUGCUACUCUACGAGCACUUGGCAAAACUAAAAUGCUUUUAGCUGUACUUGUAUGCACUUGUUUAAAAAAAAAAUUGCCAAAUACAAUUUCUGAUCUUGUAUGAA